AUGACGGGAGAGAAAUAUUGCACUCGCUGUAGAAGGAACGAACAUUUGGACAGCGAGUGUAACAUGGGUGGACGAGCGGUCAUGAGGCCACCAAACGUGGGAAGGAUGCAGCCAGGAAGGGGAGGCCGAGCGCAAGCAGUAGGAAGAGUCUAUGCAAUAACGGGCGCUGAAGCUGCCAGUUCAGGUACACUCAUAACCAGUACCUGCUUGUUAUAUGGAAUGCCCUGUUGCGUAUUGUAUGAUUCGGGGGCAACCCACUCCUUCAUCUCGAAGGCGUGCGUUGAGAAACUGGGGUUAGCGGAGAGUGAGAUGCAGUUCGACUUGGUGGUGUCAACCCUAGCGGCUGGUGAGGUUAGGACAUCUACAGUGUGCGUCAGAUGUCCUAUUGAGGUAGAAGGGCGUAGAUAUAAGGUAAACCUCAUCUGUUUACCUUUAAAAGAGUUAGAAGUGAUCUUAGGAAUGGAUUGA